GCAGGUCUGCCUGCGUUUCCGAUUUCUUCUCCCUGGCGGGGUCUAACCAGGCGCCUGUGGUGCUGUAGAUGAACAAAGUUUAACACAGUCAAGCUGCCAAUUCCUCUCCUCUGUUGCAAAGAGGAAAGGGGGGAAGAAGAGAUAUGACGGAAUACGAUGAUCGCAGCUGUGCGUCAAAUAUGUAUUUACCGAGCUGUACUUAUUACGUUUCGUCGCCCGAUUUUACAUCAGUCUCCUCCUUUUUACCGCAGACUACUUCGUGUCAGAUAAAUUUCCCUUAUUCUUCCAACAUAGCCCAAAUCCAACCUGUCCGAGAAGUCGCUUUCAGGGAUUAUGGACUGGACCAUCCUAGCAAAUGGCACUACAGGGGCAAUUACGCGUCUUACUACUCGACAGACGAGAUAAUGCACCGGGACUUGAUCCAGUCCUCGGGCAGCAGGGCGGAUGUGAUUUUCAAAAACGACUCCUUGUACGGCCACCACGGGGGCACCAGCUCGCCGUGUAAUUUCUUCAACGGUGUCGGCCGUAACGGGGUUCUCCCCCAGGUCUUCGACCAGUUUUUGGAAACUCCUAAAACAGACAAGCCCAACGCGGAGCUGCCUGGACAAAAGACAGACUCUGCUGCUGCUGAAGAUGCUGCGAAUAACAAUCAGGAUCUAACCAAACUGGAGCAGGACAAAGCUGAGCAAAGCGCUGACGACGACUCAUCCUCCAACUGCGGCGACAAGAACAACCAACAGAGUUCAUCAACCAAGUCCAGAAAGAAGAGGUGUCCUUACACCAAAUACCAGCUCCGAGAACUUGAACGAGAGUUUUUCUUCAACGUGUACAUUAACAAAGAGAAGCGGCUCCAGCUGUCCAGGAUGUUAAACCUGUCCGAUCGCCAGGUGAAGAUUUGGUUUCAGAACAGAAGAAUGAAAGAGAAAAAGCUCAAUCGCGAUCGCCUACAGUAUUUUACUGGGAAUCCCUUAUUCUGAUACCUGACACACACACACACACACACACACACACACACACACACACACACACACACACACACACACACACACACACAUGGCAGGAGCUAUACACACACGUCUUAAAGACUGGUCCUCCCUGCAUAUUUCAACCCUCAUCCUCCUGUUUAAAAAGUGUAUCCUACAUAAAUCUUGCAUUUGGAAAAUCGUCAAGAUGCCAUUUUAUUUUGCAAACAAUUUCAGCAUUUAUUUAUUUGUGUUCAUAUAUUUUCGUGUCAAAUAUUCCACAAAAGCGCAAGGUGUGCUUUGAAAUUAUUUAUAUCAAAUAUAGGCUAAUUUGUAUAAUGUUCAUUUAAAAGACGCAUGCAAUGCACGUUGUGGUGUGAAAUAAAUUAGACGGGACACAUCUUAUACCAUAGUCACGCAACUUGCCACAUGAACUUAACCAACAAAAAUAUCACAAAAGGGGAUUUUUUUUCAAAGAUUCAUCAAUGGGUACAUUUGGUGCUUGUAGGGUAGUCCCGUUAUUUCCUCUGCUUUCAACACUGGAUUGUUUACUAAACCUUGAACCGUCUAGACAGUAUAAUAAACGCAGCUGUAAAUGUCUAAAUAGGGGGCUAUUGUACUUUGGAGUCCCAACCCCCAGACCACAAGAGAUCUGAUGCUCUUUCCUUUCUCUAAGUAAUUUCACUCCAGGCUACAAAUCUUUGGAGAAUUCAAGUGUUUUUUGCGCAUCCAGUCCACAUUUAGCUCCUGUUUACUCUUUUUGGCACUUGUAAUGCUAGUUGUUAGCUGGGAUACAAUGGAGGAUAUUCUAAGAAGGACCGCCGUAAGAAAGGAUAAGUAAUUAUUUUUUAACUUCAUACACUAUUUAGUUUCAUCAAUAGGCGAAAUGUUGCUCUGACGUCAACAAAUAAGCUGGAAAAGGAGGACUAUUCCACAUUUUUGGCGAAAAUAGUGCUUUUCCAAUCUUGAAUUAAUGCAGGCGAAACGUUUCCAUCUUUGUUAAGAUACAGUUUGCAGGGACCCAGGCUGAGUAAAUUGCUUUACCUCAGUAGUUUAUAACUGUUAUUUUUGUAGUCAGGGGGACAACAAUAAAUAAACGCAUUCAUCCCUCACAAACAGUCGCUUUAUUGAUCAUUCAUGUGAUUAUUUUCACUUAAGCUCUAUGCAGCAACAAUUACACCCCUUGUUUCACUGUUCUUUAUGAAAAAAAAAAGUUUGAAUGUCUAUUUUAUUUUUGCGCAUCACAUCUACCUUUUAUUUCCCAAAAAGCUAUUAAAAACUGAGAGUUCAUUAAGCGUUUAAUUGGGUUGUCUUUAUGUCCAACAGUGAAAUUACGUUACCAACUGUGUAGGGUGUUUCAUUUCGCUGCUCGGUGUAACCACAUGAGGGCAGGCUUGCAGUUUAAACUGCAGAUUGAAAUGCAGAUUUCAGACAAAUGUCAAAUCUUGCAUAAACAGUCAUCCAGCGGGUGACUAAUCCGUUAAACACAGGUUCUGCUUACAUUUGUAUUUGAAUAACAACUGCAUCAAGUGGUUUGUAUUUGUAUUGUCUUCAACAGACUGUAUAUAUACAAAAAUGUAAAAGUCCAAAAUCACCUAAAUGUUUUCUUUUUAGAUCAAACCAUUAAACCCAACAAACUAGUUUUUCUAAAAAACUAAAAACACAGGUAAUUUUAAUACAAAUGAUGUAUUUCAAUAAAGUUUAGCUUCAGCAGCUCCCUUGUCUUCCAGGCGGCAACACAUUUUCAAGUCACGUUAAGUGUUUUAAAAGACUAACAAAAUCAAUAUAUUACUAAUCAGUGUUUGUCAUCAGAACCUUAAAAAUACAGAUUUCGACAUUUAGCUGAAGGCCGAAAAACCUUAUGGGCCCCUGAAAUAUAUCCGGAUUGUAGGGAAUUAUUGACGUGCUUUGAAUUUAUUUAAAAGUUGCAGCUGUGUCAUUAUAUGAUCGUUUAUAUGCCUCUAGCUUUUUGCAUUUCAAAUGUUAAGAGAAACAGUUUAUCAAAAAACAGACAGAAGUUUUGCCUGAAUCUGCAACAAUAUCGCUUUCCCUUUUUUUAGCACCCCAAGGCCCAUAUUUGUUAAUGGCUAUGCCCUUGUGUUUUGUGUUUGUAAAAUAAGAAAAUCUCCUUGUAUUUGCUUUAAAAACAGUAUUAUUAUUAUUAUUAUUAUUAUUAUUAUUAGCCUACUAUAUGACACAACGUCAAAUUAGUUUUUCCAGUUUUACGGUACUUGUGUACAUUGUGUGUAUUAAUUGUUGAUUAUACCUGAAGAAUAUACUCCCCUAUUGAAGUUUAUUUUUAUUUCAAUGCGUUUCAUGAUAUGCAAAAUAGCUCAAUAUUAUCUUUGAUCAAUUUUCAUUUUUAGAACAGAAAUGGUGUCUGUGUUGUCAGAUGUCUCAGUGAAAUGUUAUUUCUUCUUCAUGUAAAAUAACCAACGUGGUAUUACAAAAAAAUGUAUUUUUUACACAUACUCUGUGAUUAAAUUUGGGUUAAUGAGCCUUUUUUGUUUGUCAAUCC